GACGUUUUGUACGAACACCGCAUCGAAAUGCUCAAAAAUGUCAAACAAAGUUAUCGAAUUGUGUUAAGGUCUUGAUCUGAAUUUAAUUCAUAAAAGUGAUAUUCUGGUUUUAUGCACGGGCAUUCGGUUCGGAAAUUGAAAAUAACAAAAUCCAAUUAAUCAAAUAACCAGUGCUGAGCGCAUCAAUUUUAUAUUAGUUUGCAUUAGAACAAAACAUCGGGGGAAAAAUGGAAACAAACACUGAAAAUUUGGAGUUGAAUCAAGAUGAGCUAAUUAUACAGCAACAACGCCAAAUCGAAAAAGAAAUUUGUGAUACAACCCCGUUCGUGAGCGAGCUACAAGAUUUGUCCGUGUUGGAUAAUGAAUACUCAGACGACCCCAUCUAUAGUUCAAAGCUAAAAUAUUUGAAAUCGAAGUACAAGUCGAUUAAAAAGACCCGACCAGAUGGCAAUUGCUUUUUCCGUGCAUUUGCCUAUGCCUAUCUAGAGUAUUUGGUUAAGAAUAAAGACGAUUAUGAACCGUUUCGCCAACUGUCCGAAGAAUCAAAGGAUCGACUUAUCAAAUUGGGCUUUCCGCAAUUCACACUCGAAGACUUUCAUGACACUUUUAUGACCGUAAUUCAGCAAGUUGCGCCGAAUGACAAUGAAGAAGAAACGCUCAAAGAGUUGCAUCGACUGUUUAAUGAUCAAGGCCAUUCUGACUAUGUGGUCGUUUAUUUGCGCCUAAUAACAUCGGGCCAGUUGCAAGAGGGAGCCGAUUUCUAUCAAAAUUUCAUCGAUGGCAAUUGCACAAUGGAAGAGUUCCGGCACCAAGAAGUCGAACCGAUGUACAAAGAAAGUGAUCACAUCCACAUUAUCGCUCUGUGCACCGCACUGAAUGUGGGCGUACGUGUGGAGUACAUGGAUCGCGGUGAGGCCGAAGGUGGCCAGGUGACCUCUCACGAGUUUCCCGAUGGUCUCAAACCAAAAGUGUAUCUUCUAUACCGGCCAGGACACUACGAUAUCCUUUAUCCCAACUAAAACAAACAAAUACAACCAAACAAUUUUCUAUUCUUAUCACAAUAAAAGAAUUCGUUGCAUUCAUUUUUGAAAUAAAACGUUCAAGCAAACGAAUAAAAGACAAGCAAACUGGGAGACAGAGAGAAUCAAGAAAAAUGGAAUGAAAUUGUAAUUUACAGCUACGAAGAGAAACAGCAACAACAACAACAAAAAUGAACCUAUUAAAUUUCUUUAUUACAACGAAAAAUUCGCGCUAAAUUCUGUGUCGUGCUGUGUAUGCAUUUUGUAGGCAAUAAAUAGAAAAACUGUUGAAUGCA